AUGUACACCUAUGAAAUGGCACCAAUUUUUAACUUUAUGGAGCAAAAAAUCUUUUAGUUUUUCUAAUAAAACUAUUUAAAUUGGAAUAAUAUUGAUGGAAUUUUAUCACCUGGAAACACUCAAAGUCUUUACUAUGCUCUAGAAUGUGCAAGGCAUAAAUAUUUUCCUUAGUCGAAAAAAGAAGGAAUGAAGAAUUUACCCAAAAUGUCAAUCUUUACAAGCAAUACUUGCAUUAAUAAUGUAAAAAAAGGAUGUGUUUACUUAGGUUUUGGAAUCGAAUCUUUAGUUUUGCUUCCUACUGAUAAAUAAGGUCGUAUUAUACCUUCUGAAUUCGAAAAAGCGCUCUAAAAAAGAGAAAAAGAGAAAUAUUUUAGUCUUUUUCUAAAUUUAAGUAUGGGAACAAAUUUAUUUGGCUCUAUAGAUUAUAUUGAAGAAUGUACAAGGAUAGCAUAAAAAUAUAAUGUUUGGGUACAUUUAGAAGGCGGAAUGUAUUAAAAAGGAGAUUUUUUGAAAAAUAUCGACAGUAUAUCAAUUUAAAUAGACAAAUUAUUUAGUGUCCCACAAUAAUGUUGUAUUUUUUUAAACAAAUAUGAAAAUCUACUUAGUGAAGCUAAUGCUUUAAACAGCGAUUAUUUAUUUAUGAAGGACAAAGUUACUUAUGAUGCCCAAAAAUAUGACUCUGGGGAUAAAACUUUUUAAUGUGCAAGACAUAUUGAUAUUUUAAAAUUUUGGAUUUACCUUAAAAAAUAUGGAAUCAAAGGUAUUUACUAAUUAUUGGAUAAUAGUAUUCAAACCGCUAAAUCCAGAAGUUAAUUGUGUGUGUUUUUAAUAUUUUUCAGAUCGAAUUUUAGAAUUAAAAAACAAGGAUUAGGUGCAUAUCUAUACGAUAGUGGAGAUUUCUAUUUUGGUGAAUGGGAAGAUGAUAGAAUUUAAGGAGAAGGAAUCUUAUUUUUUGCUUUUGGGGGAUUUAUACAUGGCUUUUUCUUAAAUUUCAUGAUCCAUGGUCCUGCUUUUUUAAAGUUUUCAAACGGUGAAAUAUAUGAAGGUAAUUGGAACUAAGGUAAAUUAGAUGGGGAAGCAUAUAAUUAUUUUGUUGAUGAGAAUAUAUGGUUUAAAGGUAAUUAUAGUUAAGGAAAAUUCACAUAAUUAAUAUAAUAUGGAAAAGGUAGGCCUCCUUCAACUAUUCUCAACUAACUUAGCAAAAUAAAUUCUUUAUGUUAAAAGCAUAAAACAAAAAAUGAAAAUUUAAGUAUAAAAGUGAUUGAUUUUAAGGACGGAUCUUAAUAUUUAGGUAUGGCUAAAUAAAAAAAUCCCUUUGGUUUAGGCUUAUUAAGAAGACUUGAUGAAAAGUAUGAUGCAGGCUUUGCCUUUAAUGGCAUUUUUUAAAAUAUAGCACGUUUAAAUUUAGAUGAUGGAUAAAAUAUGUAUAUUGGUUAAUUAUAGGCUAAUGGUAAGUUUUAAGGAUAAGGAGUUUAUUUAAAUAAAAAAACUAAAUAAUGGGUUUUCGGAAUAUUUGAAAAUGGAUAAUUAAUUGAAGUUAUAAAUUAAGGAUAAGAUGAAUAUCCCCAAAAUAUUAUUAGUAAUAUUUAUUAUUCUCAUCAUAUUAAUUCCGGAAGAUUUAUAGAAAAAUAAAUUGAAAAUGGGCUAUUUUAUAUGCCUUCAGGUUAUAACAAUAAUUAUAAAAAUUUCUAAUAAUUAAAAUGGGAUUCUUUUAGAAUAGAAAAAAUGAGGGAAAACACAUUUUCUUAAAAUAAAAAAAUAUAAAUUAAUGUAAAAAGAAAUUCUAGUGCAAAACUGCAAUAAAAUAAUUCAAUAUUAAAUAUAGAUUAAAAUACUUAUUCUAAUAGAUCUCCGAAAUCAACAUUAUAUUAAUUUUAUUUAUCAAAUA